ACCAUAAGCCCCAAUGAGAAUGAGUCUUCUACCAGAACACUUCACCAUUCCUAGCAAGGAGAGCGCAACACUCCUACUUUCUCUCAUUUCCACUCACUCACUCACCUUCUGUUACGCUGCUUCCUGGAUUUUCUCAUGGACUCCCUUCAACAUUCUCCUGCAACUUCUCCAAGAUGGAUAAGAUCUUCGUCGUCAUUGAAUUUGGGAAGUCAUUUGGCCAUUGGAAUUUAAAAUUCUCCUCUGAAGACAUGGCUACCCGAAUAGGCUUCACUUCUAAACGAAAAGUUCCUAAGCUCCUUUGUAUCUUACUUCUAUUACUGUUGCUAUUUUGUGUGAUUGGAAUUUUUAACCAUGGCCAAAAGAUUUCAUAUUUCUUCCGACCCCUUUGGGACAAUCCCCCUCCCCCCUUCACACGGAUACCACACUAUUAUGCAGAAAAUGUCUCUAUGGACCACCUUUGCCAUCUUCAUGGCUGGUCCCUUCGCUCCGAACCUCGCCAAAUUUUCGAUACUAUUAUUUUCAGUAAUGAGUUAGACCUGCUAGAGAUUAGAUGGCAUGAACUUUACCCUUAUGUGUCAAAAUUUGUGAUCCUUGAGUCUAAUACCACCUUCACAGGCAUUCCAAAACCUCUCUUCUUUGCCUUAAACCAGGAAAGAUUUGCCUUUGCCGAACAAAAGAUUGUCCAUGACUUUUAUCCUGGCAAAGUUGCAGUCCCUGGAUCACGCGGGGACCCAUUUGUGCUCGAGACAAACCAACGUGUAGCCAUGAAUUCAUUGCUGAAACGUGCAGGGAUUUCGAAUGGUGAUAUCCUUCUCAUGUCAGACAUAGAUGAGAUUCCAAGCCCUCAUACUUUGAAACUGCUUCAGUGGUGUGAUGGGAUUCCUCCCAUAAUGCACCUUGAACUGAGGCACUACAUGUACUCAUUUGAGUUCCCUGUGGACUACAGCAGCUGGCGAGCCACUUCCCACGUCUACGGUCCCCGGACGCAUUACCGGCAUUCACGCCAAACUGAUGAACUCUUCUCAGAUGCAGGAUGGCACUGCAGCUUCUGCUUUCGGUAUAUCUCAGAGUUUGUGUUCAAAAUGACUGCAUAUAGCCACGCAGACCGUGUGAAAAGGAAAUCUUUUCUGAGUCAUUCAAGAAUUCAGAAACUUAUUUGCAAUGGAGAUGAUCUUUUUGAUAUGCUUCCUGAAGAAUUCUCCUUCCAUGAGUUGAUUAAGAAGAUGGGGUCAAUACCCCGGUCAGCUUCCGCGGUUCAUCUUCCUGCUUACUUGAUAGAGAAUGCAGAUAAAUUCAAGUUUCUUCUCCCUGGAGGUUGCUUGAGACCACCAGAAUAAAUGUGAUAUGCCUUUGUUUGAAGAAUUUAGCUUUUAGCACAGUUAGCAACUUAGAUUUCCCACUGUAGUUUCCGGCAUAGGCUUUAGCCUGAGAUUUAGGUACGGUUUUGCAUAGCAUUAAGGACCGGUUUGGAUGCCAAACCAAAAAACAUUUAUUAGAGUUUAUUUAGUGCAUUUUCUAGUAGAUAAACUCCAAUAAGCUAUAAUAAGCCAGUAUAGACGGGCUCUAAGUCUUAUAACUCCUUAGUAUUGCUGUAUAUCGAGCAUUAGGUAUUAGUGGCAUGGAAAAAUAGAUAAAGAUAACAGAGUCACAGUA